AUGAAUAAUUUUACACUGAAAUUUAACAAUCCAGAACUUGAACUUCAGUACCAAGAAGAAAAAAUUCAAAAAAUAAGAAAGAGAGUAUUUUAUCUCUUUAUGGCUUUGGGUUUGAUUCUUAAUAUUUCUAAAGUGAUUCUUGAUAUUGUUGAAUUCAAGCCAUUCACUCAAUAUAUUAAUUAUAUUUUAGUUGGUCUCAUCAGUAUACUAGUUCCUAUUAGUAUUAAAUGGCCUUUAAAUAUUAGAUAUACUCUAAUGGUGGCUAAUAUUUCAACAGCUUUACUAUAAAUGAAUUUUACUGAAACCACAAAAGCUCAAAUGUAUUAUAAUUAUGGAAGUAAUUUUACAUAAUUCUAAACAUGUGCUUACUUUGUUUCAGAUUUUCUAGAUAGCGUUGUUUAAGUAAUAUGUCAUACAAUAAUAAAAUCAUCAAUCACAAUCUAUUAAACAAAGAGUGUUGAUCCAUAAGAUAUAUUGAUGAAUGUAGGAGCAGCAAUAAUAAUUUCUAUAGUUAUUUACAUUUGUGAUUCGCAUUCCCGAAAAGAAUUUUUGUAAAAUAUAUGUGAAAAUAUAUGGGAUCAGCAAUUACCGGAGAUAAUUAAAAAACCAUAUUUCUAAGUUACUUACAAUAAGAACUUAUUGUAAUUUAAUGUGCUUAGUUGGAAUGAAAUUGAAUAGUUCCCUUCUUAUUGUGAUCAAAUAUGUUAGGGAUGUAAUGUAAGAAAUUUUCUUAGAUUAUAUAAAUGUGAUGAUAAAGAAUUAGGAUAAUAACUAUAAUAACUUAUAGCAGGAACAAUUAAAAUACACAAUGGAAAAUAAAAAUUUAAAAUUCGAAUCAUAAAUAUUGGUGUUGAUUAUACAAAUAAAAUUAUUAUAUUAGAUAAUUCACUUUCAUAACAUUCAGAUCUUAGUCUAAUGAUGUCUAUCAAAAAGACUAUGAACUUUUAUAUAAAAUAAUCAUCAUGUAAAUCUUAAUAAGUAUUUUUUAAUUGGGGUAUGAUGUCUCUACUUUUAAUUAAUGAUUUUACUAUUCAGGAAAUAUAACUUUAUAAAUUAAUUAAAAAAUUAAAUGCUAUAUAUCAGAAAUAAAAAUAAUUUGAUUUCUUUGUAAAAGGUGAUGAAAACAUUGUAUUCAAAGGUUAUAUAAACUUAAUUCGAAUAUAUUUGAUUUAAGUUUAUUAGAUUCUUACCUAAAUAUAUGAAUAUUAAGAGAAAAAGAAAAAACGUCAUAUUGAAAACAAAUCUAUACCAAUAUUUAUAUCUAUAUAUAAAGAAACAGAUACAAUUUGUAUUCAAUUACCUCCAACCAUAAAUUACUUUCUAUUUAUUUGCAAAUAUACCAAGAAUAUCUUUAUAACCUAAAUUGAAUAGACAAUAUUGUCAACUCCAUUAUCAAAUGAUUUAAAAAUCAAUUUUAAUACUUGUGUACCUUUUAAAAAAAUUUGA